AAGAUGGACUACAAGGACCCAGCCACACUGUUAGAUCUUGCUAUGCAGAGUCUACUCAAGAAUGAGCCUAUAAUAAUCCAAUCACUCGAGGAGAUCCCAAGAGAACUUUUCAUUCCAUUGUUCACUGCUGCCUUCUUGGGUGGGUGUAAGAAGACAGUGACAGCAAUAGUGAAGGUUUGGCCUUUUUUCUGUCUCCACAUCGGAAAAUUAAGAUCACAUGAAACACACAGUGCACUCUUGAAAGCCAUGAUUGAUGGUCUUCAGGUUCUUCCUGCCUAUGCUUCUCGGGGCUCCAAACUGAAGGUCCUAGAUUUGAGACAGAAUGCUGACUGUAGGACCACAUGUUUUCAAAUCAAGACCAAAUCUUUCUGUUUUCACUCUUGUUCUUAUUCUCAAACCUCUUCCCGCAAAAGAGGAGAACAUAGCACUGUAAAUUUAGGAUCUGAGGCUGAGUUGUCCAGAUAUCCUACUGAAUUACUAGUGGACCUUUCCCUUAAUGGUACCUUGAGAACAAGGGCAUUUUUGUCUUUCCUUCUCAGUAAAGUUGAACAGAGUUCAGGGUCCUUACACCUCUGCUGUCGUGAUCUGCAAAUUGAUAACCUGUCUGGCUGUAACAAUACACUGAAACUUCUGAAUCUGUUAUGUAUUGAUCACCUGGCAGUUGAACAGGCUUCCCUGAAUGAUAUCAACACCCUUUUGUCUCAGAUGGUCCACUUGGACAGUCUUAGUUUGUCUAAAAUCACCCUCACAUCUCUGAAUGGGAAAAUAUUCAAAAGAUUCCUCACCCAACUUGAGCGAAUGGACAACCUUCACGAUCUAAACUUGUCUUUCUUCUGCCUAACAAAUGGUCUACACAAAUUGCUCAGAGUCCUGCCACAUGGUCUGGAUUACUUGAAUUUGCCUUUCUGUGAGCUUUCUUACAGAGACUUCAGAUUUCUGUCCCAGUGUCCUCAGACCGCCCACCUCAAGCUGCUGAAUCUCAGUAACAACUCAAUGACAUGGGAAGAUUGUGAGCCUUUACAAACACUUAUGGAGAAGGUCUCUGGUACCCUGCAGCAUCUAGAGAUAAAUCAUUGUCUUAUAACUGAUUCUACAAUAUUUUCUCUUAUCCCGGCCCUUAGCCACUGUUCCCAUCUCCGUGUGCUUAGUUUUGCUUCUAACCCCAUUACAAUGUCCAUGCUCAUGAGAAUUCUGCAAAACUUACUACCACUAAUGGAGCUGAAAUAUGUGAUUUACCCUAUCCCUGUGCAUUGCUAUGAAAGAUGGUAUUAUCAGAGUACUUUAGACAGACAGAAGCUUGCUGACGUGCAGGCACAACUGAAGGCAAUGCUACAGGCAGCACAGCGGAGUGACAUGAACUGGAUGACUUUUCCAGAGUGA